UCCGCCUGCCAACACAACAACAAAACGACCGCUUUCGAGUUGACGUUUUAUCGCGUAGCAAGUGAAAGUGUCACGUCGGUGCGAUUGCUGUCAGAUUUUAAUAUUUUUGUUUCGGUAAAAAAAAUCUUAUUAGCUUCGUAUUGAAUAAGGUUAUUGCCAGAAAAAUGGGUGUAAAACCAGCAAUUGGAAGGAAAUCUAACAAGAACCCACCUAUUUUAAGUCAUGAAUUUGUCAUUCAGAACCAUGCGGACAUAGUGUCCUGUGUGGUUAUGGUUUUUUUGGUUGGAUUGAUGGUGCAGUCUACGAGCCCUGUUGCAAGUUUAUUUAUCAGUCUUCAUCACAAUGUCAGUGGAGUUGAACCUACAAGAGAAGCACCCAAAGGAGAGCCUUUUACUUAUGAGGCAGGAUGGAAAGAUGCUUGUGCUGUUUUCUUCUACUCACUUGUUUGUAUUGUUAUGCAUGCCAUCCUUCAGGAAUACUUCCUUGACAAAAUAUCAAAGAAAUUCCACCUAUCCAAAUCAAGAUUGAGUGCCCUCAAUGAAUCUGGACAGCUGGUUGUAUUCCACUUAGUGACACUUUUCUGGGGAGGUGAUGCUAUUCUGCGUGAAGGAUUUGUCUUCAACAUAUCAAAGUUAUGGGAUGGUUACCCAGACCACCCAAUGAGUUUCUUGUUGAAGCUUUGGUGGAUUGUGCAAGCUGCAUAUUGGUUGCACUCUAUCCCUGAGCUGUACUUCCAACGCAUUAAGAAAGAUGAAUGGGCUGGUCGUAUUAGGCAUGCAGCAGCUGCUUUUGCCUUUGUAGCAGUUGCUUAUGGAUUCAAAUUCCAACGUGUUGGUGUGAGCCUUGUUGUGCUGCACUCACUCGGCGAGUUUAUUGCACACAGCUACCGUCUCAACACUAUUCUGAGGGGAGAGCGUGAAGAUGUCUUAGACAAAUUUUUGAGCGUGGUGAACGGCGUUAUAUUCGUGGCGGUGCGUCUCUGCUCGUUGGUGCUGGGCGUUCUCACGUUCCACUUCGGUCUGGCGGGAAUCGCGCCAUUGCCUUUGAGAUACGCCGCGCUAUCAGUGCUAGUCUCAUUCCAGGUGUACUUGAUGUACAACUUUAUUUCGGAGACGAUUAAGCAGAGACAAGAGUCCCGCCAGCAGGCGCAAGCCAGACCCAAGAAGGAAAAAAAGGAGAAACCCAAAAAAGAAAAAGUGAAGAAAGCCCCAGUGGAGGAAUCCGACUUGCCCGAGGUGGACCAGAACACAAACAAAACGUUGCGACAGCGGGCAGCAGCCAAGACAAAGUGAGCCAACCACAAAACUAUAUUCUUAGGUUGUUUCUCGUAACUAUUCAGUCUUUCCACUAAACUAUUGUUUCAUCCCUCUCUCUUCCUCCCAUGUCUAAGCACAAACAACUAACUCUAAAGUAACAGCAGCAGUUUGAACAUUAAGUUUACCCCAAGUGCAAUGAAGUUAACAGAAUGAGUGUAUCUGUGUGUACAUGUGUAUGAAUAUGACUCAAUUGUCGACAGUGUUUAUCAUAGUUUAAAUUAUUGUAAUAGUCGAUUGUGACGACGAAUCUAUCGAGACAUAAACCCGUUUAGACUGCGUAACAUACUAUUGUCAUUUAAAGUAUAGUGGAUACAGGGUUGUAAAAUAUCUCCUAAAGUGUAAAAAAUAAAAGUCUAGGUUAAUAUGUUGUUUAUAUGAAUAUAUUGAAUAAGGAUUAUGGAGAACUGUGUUAUAUACACAUUAAAUGAUGAGAAAAUUCCAUUUUUACUUUGCAUUUUGUUUAUUUUUAAUUUUAAAAUAAACGAUUUCAUUGAUUCCAGUGCAGAUUAACACUUUGAAAAUAUUCUUAUUUUAUUUUUUAUACGGUUGCUGUAUUUUUAUUGCUUACAUGAAAUUUAUUUUAAUGUGUAUUAAACAAUUGAAUUAUUUUUCUAUCUGACAAUCUUUUGGUGCUCUUCAAUUUUAUUAUUAUUGAAAUUAUACUUCAGUUUUUGUAUGGAGAUAAGAUUGGCCAAGUGUUGUGUUAGAUCAUGAGAUUCAAUCCAUGUUUAUUGUUACGGUCUUGUCGAAAUAGUACACUAUGAAAUUAUUCUUCCUAAUGUAAAAUUAUGCUCAUAAAUUAUUAUAUAAUUUUCGUGAACAUUGUCAAUUUUAAAAGCUUGAUGUUAUUUUUAUUUCAAAAUAAAUUUUGUAAGAAAACAUUUUUCUUUAUUAACAGCUCCCUCAAAAUGUACCUAAUAAUAGUUAUUAAUUUCACAAAAUCGCAUCUUCCAAAAAUAUUUUCCCUUUUCUAUUAUAUCUGUUUUUUUUUCGUGCCCGCCGAGGCUGCGGGGACCGCAACUCAGGUAGAUUGUGAAAAAAUCAAAAUCAUAUAUUUAGUCUAGGCUGUUACAAGCACUUGUGAAGGUCAAGAAGCUACGCCAUCGGUUCGCAAAACUACGGCGGGAGACUUUGUACUGAGAAGAACCGGCAAGACACUCAGCAAGGGCUGUUUUUUUCUCCCUGUAUUUACAGUCACAAUAUACAGAGUCGUCAAGUUGAAAAAUGACUCCAGAGAUACUUCUGAAGUCACCAUCCAUUACAUAAUCUAAAUAGUUAAUUUAAGUAAACGCGAACGCUGCGGGCGCGCUUAGGACGUGAUCACCCGUACACGGCGGGAUUUGUCUAAUCUCUUAUUGAAGUUAUACUUCUUUAGGCGCGUUAUGAAAAAAUGAUGGAGAGUGAAAUUUUAAGAUGCGCGCGCAUCACUGUAACACAAAAUUUUAACAUAAUGAAGUUCAUGUGUUACUUUUGUGUUUACCGCACAUUAAGAAAAUCUACCAACAAAAUAGAAAUAGAAUCUCUAUUUAGUGGGUGCUAACGACUGCAUUGUGAAGGCCUAUCAUAAGUAUUUAUUAAUCUGGAACAACGGAACCAAAGCGCGAUUCAGGAGACUACAGCGCCAUCUCUUGACCAUUGGUGUAGUAGAACCAAAAACCACAUCUUUAUUUUUUGUAAUAAAGUAACAAAAAGUAUUUAUUAAUCUGGAACAACGGAACCAAAGCGCGAUUCAGGAGACUACAGCGCCAUCUCUUGACCAUUGGUGUAGUAGAACCAAAAACCACAUCUUUAUUUUUUGUAAUAAAGUAACAGUUAUAGGUAUUCAUAUUUAUAAUAUUUAUCCACAUGUUUCUAGUUUGUAUAUUCGGAAUACGUGUUUGAGUUUCAUACAAGUGCAAAUCACAUAUGUUCUAAUAAAUUAUAUUCAGUAGCGAUUUUAAUUGAAUAUUUUGAUUGUUUAUUUAUUUUUUCAAAUUAAAACUGAACUUUAUUGACUUCGUCCUUUUCCAGACUUUUUAUUAAUUUAUUGUAAUUAAUUAUUUGCAUGCAAUUAAAAACUAAUUUUAAACGAUGCCAAAGAAGGAUAACUUCUCACGCGCCUACAUAAGUACACGCACCCAUUUUUUUUAACUGUGUAUGCUGGUUGGUCGCAGGUGGCUUACAGCGUCACCGGAUUUGGGGACGGCGAGAUCUUUAUGGGACCUAAAGCCGAUAAUUGGCGAGUGCCUCUAGAGGUAUUCCAGGCGGAUGGUAUCUCCCCACGGGGGGGGGGGUCUCCUCCGUCUGGAACCUCAAGACCACUCGAACCUGAGGGGUCGGCUCAACUAGAGAGCGUCUCUGAGACUCGGACCUCGGCUCUAGUUAGCCGUUGUCGUGGGGGGCGGGGAAAAACGCCCAGGUACGUACCUGUACCUGGUAUAGCGUGUCGUGUGUAGAACGGGUCUUCGCACUCUUAUCCUACGGGUGCGGAGCCUCCCUAAUGCUGAGCUAGUGUGUAACUAUGCUAGCUGUGUAGUGUUGGUGUUUGUGGCCUGUGUGGGGAGGAGACGGAGGCGCGUUGGAUGUACGGCUGCGGGAACGCAGAAAACGAGUCGGUACCAUCCACCCCGGUCGUCCCGCCCCGUUAACGGGACGGUUGGGAAAACAUGUUCCACCGACCCUGGUAGCCCCGACCCCGUUGUUCAAGGGGGUGGCACAGAUUAAGUAUCAUCUUCCCCUGCGUGUUUUUUUAACAGUGCGGUUAGCAAAGAUUAAGUAGCAUAAGCUAUAGAUUAUAAACCGCCCCGUUAGGAGUUCUAUUGGUUUUUUACAAUCCUCGCUAUGCGUCCUCGCACAUUUCUAGGUGCGUUCCAAUUACUACCUUCUACCCUACCUCUCUUGCGGAAUUGGGCUACGUUUCCCCCAGAGACGUGCGAGGACGCGUAGCGAGGAAAAGUGUUUGUAUUUAAAGGUAAAUAAAAAAAAUCCGAGUGCUUAAAUAUAAUUUCAAUAAAAAAUGAAAAGAAAGAAAAUAGUCCAGUAGUCUAUAAUACUGGUAAGUAGGGAAUAAAGCUACUUUAACAGUCGGGACCCAUCAGAUAUUCAAGAAUGGAUCGAUUUUUUUCAAUAACGGGUAUUGACUAUUAUAGUAGCUUUGUUCCUUACUUAACAGAAUUAUAGACUACAAG